CGUCACUUGAGGACGUCGGAGCACAUAAGAGACUUAUCUCCUACGCCAAAGUUAGUAGUUGCACUGCGGCCAGCCAGGUAGCUUACGUAGCCUUCACCGCUUGAUUGCUGCGGCUCUUUCCAUCACUGGCGCGUCUAAUUUUAAGACCUGGAAUAGGCUACUUGUUUAAUAACACCUAUUUACCUAUAGCCAAUAAAUUAUUUGAUUUGUUUUCCGGUUUUCUUAUUAUGUCUUGGUGGAACGCAUAAGCUAAAUCGUCAUAGGUUAAGGCUAUUUAGGGAUAGUUUUAGAGCAAGUUGGCUAUUAUUUGCAUCAGCAGUUAGCUUUCAAGCUAAAUUGAGAAGUCUGUUUUGAUGCCUGAUUUUGAGCAUUUCAGAUUUUCAUACUCAAGCAUGAAUCCAUUAUUGGGGGAGAACGCGUUCCUGGUUCAGCAACAGCAGCACAACCAGAUGGGGAGCCAUUCUGAUUAUUCCAUGACAGGCCUAGAAUCAUACGGUGCAGCUGACUCAGGCUUCAUCUUGGGCGAGCACAACGGGUUUGGACAAGAUGGCAUAUCUGGCCUGGACAUAAAUUCGCUGCCACCUUCAGGACUCGCUUAUUUGCACCAGAACAACAUGCACCGUGCACCGCCGCCCCCCGCAGCGAUGGCCCUGCGUAACGACUUGGGUUCCAACAUCAGUGUUCUCAAGACCUUGAAUUUGCGCUUCCGUUGCUUUUUGGCUAAAGUUCAUGAACUGGAGCGUCGGAAUAAAGCUUUGGAGAAGCAGCUUCAACAGGCUUUGGAAAACAAUGAGGACAAUUCAGAAGGACACGGGAAAAAGCCAUUGACUAAGGAAAUGGGAGUCCAGACUGGUUUCGUAGGGCCCAUCGCAGUUAGGCCCGGACAUAUCCCACUCCAGAACGUCAAUAACUCUGCAUACCUGCCUGGGGGUCUUCUCUCUCCAUCACUCAACAGGCCUACAACUCCCUCCUUUGAGUCCAACAGCAAAUCAGUAUUUAGGAACUCGACUCUGACUGACUCGAAUUCCAACCUCAAUUCCAACCAACUCACUCCACAUAUUUGCCUCAGUCCUUUAUUAACCCCUACUGAUACUUCCAACCCUAUAUCCAACAUUAACGAGAAAUAUGUCAGUUCUGGGACUGGUAUGUCUACUAACCCACCUCCCCGGUUCCUUCCCGGCACCGUUUGGUCCUACAACCACGACCGCAGGUUUGGCACGGGGAGGGAGUCGCGCGUAACUGAUAUGGGUGUGCCUUGUGCCCAAACGGACGGCGUAGGUGUUCAAAUCGACACCAUCACCCCUGAGAUACGGGCCCUGUACAACGUGUUGGGCAAGGUGAAACGAGAGAGGGAUGAGUAUAAAUGCAGAUGGGAGGAAGAGUACACAGUCAGAGUGGACCUCCAGGAGAAAGUGGCUGAGCUGGAGGAGGACCUCCAGGAGAGUGAGGUGUGUCAGGAUGAGCUGGCCCUCAGGGUGAAACAGCUGAAAGCUGAGCUGGUCCUCUUCAAAGGCCUUAUGAGCAACAACCUGUCGGAUCUGGACAGUAAGAUCCAGGAGAAAGCCAUGAAGGUGGACAUGGACAUCUGUAGACGCAUUGACAUCACAGCUCGCCUGUGUGAUGUGGCCCAGCAGAGGAACUGUGAAGACAUGAUCCAGAUCUUCCAGCAGAUGGCCACACCUCCUUCCACUCUGACCCGCCGGCCCCGGAAACAGGCGGCCCAAUCGGUUAAAGGCGGCGACGGGGACGAACCAACCAGCAUCUCUGAGAGCGAGGCGGGCAAGGAUGAGGAGUCGUGUAGCACGUCAGCCAAUCAGAUCAACGAGGAAAUGCAGAGGAUGCUGAACCAGUUGAGGGAGUGUGAGUUUGAGGACGACUGUGACAGCCUGGCCUGGGAGGAGACUGAGGAGACUCUGCUGUUGUGGGAGGAUUUCCCAGGAUACACUCUGGGGGCAGUGGAGACACAGGGGGAGCAGCAGGAGGAGUCCAUAGAGAAGGUAAUACAGGACACAGAGUCCCUCUUCCAGACCAGAGAGAAGGAGUAUCAGGAGACCAUCGACCAGAUCGAGUUGGAGCUGGCCACGGCUAAGAGUGACAUGAACCGACACCUGCACGAGUACAUGGAGAUGUGUUCCAUGAAGCGAGGCCUGGACGUGCAGAUGGAGACGUGCAGGAGACUCAUCACCCAGAGUGGAGACAGGUAUCAGACACCUCCGCAUGGUGCUGAACACUCUAAACGCUCAAAAAGAUACCCUAGGAAGUCUCCACCUCUCGUUACUGCGGCCAUGGAGGACUCUGAUGACGGAGAGAAGGAGAGGAGUAAGGUGUCCCCACCCGCAGACUCUGAAAGUGAUGAACCCUACUGUGACACCAAGGUUAAUAGUGGUACGGUCCCUCACUUACCAUGGAGGAAGUCUUAAUCCUUACUGAUGAUGCCCUGUAGAUGUACCAUAGUCUGGAUAGUGCUGUUGUUUACAUUUUUUUUUGCCAUAAAUGAUGUAAAGCCAGCAGACUCUUUCCAGGGCCAUAAAUCACCACUGCCCUCUUGUGGUUCAGGUUAUUACAACACCUAAUCUGAUAGGACUAAAUGGCAUUUAGAAAAUGAAAUCAAUUGGAUUUCUUAACAUUGUGAUAUUUCUAUGAUAUGAACGAUCAAAAUAUAUACCUUUUUGUUAAGUUUGCCCAUUGAUCUUGCUAUAUGUAUCAAGAUUCAACCGAAAACAAUUUGCACACGGUUUUUGUGGAAUAAAGGCCUUAUGUUACAUUGCAGUUACAGAUUUGAAACAUCAGCAGAAUUUUUGAAGGCAAACAACAACAAAAAAAUGCACCAUUGGCGAAAAAUUGUCACAGGAUAAGUCAUUAUCUAGCAGUCUGUCACAUCUGAACAAAAUGAACAUUUGCAGUUUGCUAAAGGGAAAGGGCCUAGCUGUUGAUAGCCAUCGACGAAAAUCUAUUUUCUUUACAGUUAAUAUCCUUCUCAUUCCAUUUUCCCCAUUUUGAAAGAAUGGAUACAAUUUCUGAGAAGCAUAUAGAAAGAUUCAAGGAUGUAAAGCCUUUUUAAUCAAUCUCACAACAUUCAUAUGUACACAUGUUAUUAUCCGAGAGGUUCACAACAUUUGUAUGGACACAACAUGUUAUUAACAGGAGGUUCACAACAUUUGUAUGGACACAACAUGUUAUUAACAGAGAGGUUCACAACAUUUGUAUGGACACAACAUGUUAUUAACAGAGAGGUUCACAACAUUUGUAUGGACACAACAUGUUAUUAACAGAGAGGUUCACAACAUUUGUAUGGACACAACAUGUUAUUAACAGAGAGGUUCACAACAUUUGUAUGGACACAACAUGUUAUUAACAGAGAGGUUCACAACAUUUGUAUGGACACAACAUGUUAUUAACAGAGAGGUUCACAACAUUUGUAUGGACACAACAUGUUAUUAACAGAGAGGUUCACAACAUUUGUAUGGACACAACAUGUUAUUAACAGAGAGGUUCACAACUUUGUUAUUUACUUUGCUUGGUUACAUAUUCAUGCACUUUAUUUAUUUCAGCCCUUUUUCAUUCCUCAUUGAAAUUCAGAUAGCUUUUAUUUUUAAUUAAUAAAUCACUUAUUUUUAUUGCUAUUUGUUUUCUAUUACAAUUGCAACAAUGAAAGUAUGACAGUUGAUAUGUUUUUUUUUAGGUGAAAUGGCCAGCAUAAUAUUGUGUCGUUUUGCAAAGACAAUUCACAAAAGCCAUCGAUAUAAUUAUUCUCAAGUUUAGAGUUAAAAGAAAACCAUUGGGACCAUUAGCUUUGUACAGUCAUGCACAUUGCUGUAAUCCCAAACUAGAACCAAACAUAGGAGCAUACUGCAUGUGGAUAGUGUUGAUAUGACAACCCACAUAAAGGCGUCCUAUAAAAGCACUCACUCAAUGCAAGUGAAAACAUACCCAGUCAGCAGUGAAUUCAUCUUCACCUGCAAUGGGGGGAAACAAGCUCUCUGAUUAACCAACGGUGAAUCAGACUGCCGUUUGGUGCGCUUUUUUAAAAUGGAGAGCCUAAGAGGUAUGAGUUUAAAGGCCUCGGACAAAGGGUGCAAGCUAGUAUACCUGUUGGUGUGAUAUUAAUCCUAUUCAGGUCGAUAAAACAUACUGCUAGCAGGCGAAUAACUGCUUUAGGAGCUCGUUCAAGGUCACUCGGGAACGGUGACAAGUUUUACGUAGCGCGCAACCUUCAUUUAUCUGAGCAUGGGUAGACCACCGAGUGUGUUUAACCAUUUGCUUUGUGAGAUCUGUGGUGCUGUGGUUGUAGCAACAUUUCAUUGCACUUGAACAUGCUCAAUGUUUACAGUUGGAGGAAAACGUAAACAACAAUCCGAUCUAAGGGCUCGAUUCAAUCAGCGCAGAAGAUCGGCCUUUAAUCGCACGAUUGACAUUCAAAGAUUUCUGUGUUCGCGGAGACCGCACAUUCCCGGUAAACGCUACUCGUGUCGGCUCAAUUGAAAAUGACCUUUACAUUUCAACCACACGAUUCAAUCGGGCCACUCCUUUGUUUAUUGAUGUCUGAACGCGUCUUGUAAAAAAAAAAAAAUCCCCCUACAUUGUACAGUUUUGUAAAUCUCCACAUCUAAA